UUUACUGCUCCUCUCGGAGGACAGGAUUUGGAGCACUGAGGACGGGCGUGCUGCCAGACCGCCUGCCCUGAACGUGUGAGGUGGGGAGAGGAAGGGAGAGAUGCCUCUGAUUAGAGGGAAAGUCGUGCUCAUCCUCGGAUUCGUCUUCCUGACAACUUUCCUGGCUGCGGUGAGAGGGCUGCCCGUGAGGGGAAAACAGCGCAGCAAUAGCCCGAAGGAGAGGAGCUCCAAGCUGGCGGAGGUCUCAGCAUCAUCCAGCCCCCGUUCAGGAGGGGACGAGGAGCUGCCACCAUCGGGCAAGGCGCGGGGGCUGAGGCGCAGUGGCCAGGCUGGCCCGCGGCGGCACCGGCGCAGAGGGAUGGCUCAGCAGGCUGCCAGGAGCCCAGCUCUGCCCCAGCCCAGUGGUGCUGGCCAGGAGGAGAGCCUGCCCUUCAUGCUGGACCUGCAGAACUUGCCAGGGCUGGCCAAUGUGGACCUGAGUGCCCAGAACCCCAACAUCCAGGUGACCAUUGAAGUGGUGGAUGAUCCUCAGGCUGAGAUGGAGAUGGACUUGUUGAAGGAGACAAGCAAUGACUGGUCUCUGACAUCCUCUGAGUGGUUGUCUCACAAGGACCUAUUCUGGCCCCUCUUCUGGGAAUACACUGACCCUGCUGAGGGAGAGGAGGAGGAGGAAGAUGAAGAGGAGGAGGAAGAGGAGGAAGAGGAUGACAACCUGGACGUAGGGGACAGGGAGGAAGAAGAAGAGGAUGAUGAUGAAGAGGAAGAUUACACAGCAGAGUAUGAGGAGGAGGAGUCCAUGCUUAGUGGAGUAGGUGGUAACUGGGACCAGCAAUGGCCUGGGCAGAAGAACUGGAUCUUUAAGGAGAAAUACAAUUAUGACUAUGAAGAUGAGGAGGAGUGGAGCCCAUGGUCCCCUUGCAGCAUCACCUGUGGCAGUGGCAACCAGAAGAGGACCCGGUCCUGUGGCUAUGCCUGUACAGCGACAGAAUCAAGGACCUGCGAUCUGACACACUGCCCUGGAGCAGAAGGAGAAAUGGCCUUCCCCACAGAAGAGACACCUUUCAAAAGUGACAACACCACAGAGCUGUUCAACUCAGAGGUGGACAGCUGUGAGAAGUGGCUGAACUGCAAGAGCGACUUCCUCACCAAAUACCUGAGCAAGGUGCUGACGGACCUGCCCAGCUGCCCCUGCUCCUACCCGCUGGAGGCCGUCUACAGCGCUGUCAACCUGCGGGACGAGCAGCAGGGCAAGAGCUUCCGAUGGCGGGAUGCCAGCGGCCCCAAGGAGCGCCUGGACAUCUACAAGCCGACGGCUCGCUUCUGCCUGCGCUCCAUGCUCUCCCUCGACAGCACCACCCUGGCUGCCCAGCACUGCUGCUACGACGAGCACACCCGCCUCAUCACCCGCGGCAAGGGGGCUGGUGUCCCCAACCUCAUCAGCACCGAGUUCUCCCCGGAGCUGCACUACAAGGUGGACAUGCUGCCCUGGAUCCUUUGCAAGGGUGACUGGAGCCGGUAUCACGCUGUCCGGCCCCCCAACAAUGGGCAGCGGUGUGCUGAUAACCCCACCGAGGAGGAGUACCUGUCCCAGCUGCAGGAGGCCAAGGAGUACUAG